ACAUUUUCUUUGAGAUUAGACUCGCGAAGAAGCUAAAAAUGAGUGGUAGAGGAAAAACCGGAGGCAAAGCCCGCGCUAAGGCAAAGACCCGCUCCUCCAGGGCCGGGCUCCAGUUCCCAGUCGGCCGUGUUCACAGGCUGUUGAGGAAGGGCAACUAUGCGGAGCGUGUCGGUGCCGGAGCCCCCGUCUACCUGGCGGCUGUGCUGGAGUACCUGACCGCUGAGAUCCUGGAGUUGGCUGGAAACGCUGCCCGCGACAACAAGAAGACCAGGAUCAUCCCCCGUCACCUGCAGCUGGCUGUCCGCAACGACGAGGAGCUCAACAAGCUGCUGGGCGGAGUGACCAUCGCUCAGGGCGGCGUGCUGCCCAACAUCCAGGCUGUGCUGCUGCCCAAGAAGACCGAGAAGCCCGCCAAGAAGUAAACAUGGAACCGGCUCCUCUAAAUAACACAACGGCUCUUUUAAGAGCCACACACUCCUGAUAAAGAACAAACAUCCUCAUAUGAUACUGUCAUUAAAAUAUUACUUAGUGCUGUUUAUGAUGAACACAAAAUAUUGAUUAAUGUUAAUAUGUAGAAAUAUAAGCUGCAUUCACAACAAAAUGAUAUAUUAGGUAAUGUUAAACUUAAACACUUAAUGGUUAGUCUAUAUACUAGCCUAUGUGAAACUUAUACACAUCACUGGAAAGUAGUUCUUAUACUAAUUAUCAUUAGUCAUAAUUAAUAGCCUGGAGAUUUGCUGACCAGCUCCAAAAAAGUCUCUUUUAGAGACACUCAGCUCUGAAACAGUAAUUCUGAUUUU